AUGGAAGAAUCGGAUGAUAAAUUGCAUAAGUACUUUGAAGAUUGGGUUGCUGUUAUAGAAAAUUUGGAUAGAGGGUUGUCCGUUCUUGUCAGUAGAAUCCCACUAAAGGAUGACUUUUUUGAGCCCAAUCUGCGGGACAUUAAUUACUCGUUAUUAAGGUAUCUUGAUAGCCUAAAACCCGAAGCAGCGGAAGAAGGUAAAGCUUUUACCGAUUUGGAAAAGUAUACAACAUUUCAUGAUAAAUUCGCAGCCAACAAAUAUAGUUCCUUAUAUGAGAUCUUCCAUGAUCUCAAAGUGUCAUGCAUCAUUAGGUUAUUGCAAGUGGAGGAUGAUCCUGUUGCCUACAAAAAUGUUGACAAAUUCUUCAAAAUUGCUACUGAAUUACUUUUGAGGGAAUGUCUUAGAAUUGGCAUGGUACUCGAAGUAGAGAAGAAAAAUUCUGGAAAGAACGAAAGGGAAGAAAGUUCGGUCGAUACUGAUGAGAGGGAUGUGAAGAUGGAUGAUUCGAAAAAUGAAGAGAGCACUGAUGGUCUUGCUAAUACAGCAGAGUCCAACGAAAAUAUCAACCACAAAGAAGAAAAGGAGAAGAAAGAAAAUGAGCAGAAGGAAUUGGAACCAUGCGAACAGGGUAUUGAUAUGGAAACCAGUUUAGAACAGACGCUUGCUACAGAUUUUGAUAUGAUAACGAGGACAUUUGUGGAUAAAACGUCUGAAACCUUGUCGAUGGUUGCAUCCGGAAAUCUCCCCCUUUUCACCUCCCUUAACAGAGCAAAAUCUGAGUUAGAUGAUAGAGAGCCAAUUGUUGAUGCUACUUUGGGAGUGAAUGUUGUCAAAGUCAUUCCAAACUUGUAUUCAGUUAAGCCGGAGAAGAUGAUAUUCUUGUCUCAGAGUUCACCUCAGCCACUACCAGCUGUUGGAAGGAUUUUGGAUAGUUAUAUGCACCCAAACUGGCUCUGGUUAACGGCUUCACAGUGGUUAAAGCAUGGUGAUAAAGACAUUAAUUAUUCAUUUGCGCCAAGCUAUGAUGAAAGCAAAUCCACUAUUACCAAUAAAUGGAAAGGAUUAACGUGGAUGCAGCAGGUAGGAUUUGAAGAGAUGAGAGAUCUUAAGUUAAAAUACAAUGAGUUGCUAGGGGAGCAAUCUGAAAGAAUAGUGGAUGGGUCCAAGCCGGAGGAUGAUGGCAGCAAAGUCUUACCAAACGAUGUGGACGAAAAGCAGGAUGAAAAGAAAGACGAUAGUAAAGAUCUGGAAGAAGGCAGUUUAAUGGAUGACGAGAAGAUUGAUUUGAAAAAUUUAUUGAAGUGGAACAUUGGCAACACUAUUGAUGAUGCAGAAAAGAAUGUGAUUAAGGAUAAUAAAGUUCAAAAACAAAUUAGCAACUUAUUACUUGAACUUAACGAGCUGCGAAAAUCAAGAAUAAGUUUUCAAAGACAGCAGUUGGCUGCCGAGCAGCAAUUUUAUGCCCAGCAGUCUCGUCAAGGUGUUAAUACAUUUGGAGCUGGUUAUCAUAUGAUACGGGCUUCGAAACAGGAGGUUGAGAAAUAUCAUAAACUUAAACGUUUAAUAUCUGGCUUGCUCAAGACAAAAAAUAUUAAUCCUUCAAAAUUAAAUUUGCAGCUAAGCAAAAAAUUACUCGUUUUACAACAUAAUUACGGAGGAACUCUUCCUGUGUCCUUAUCUUCUAGUGGACACUAUGGUAGAUAUGGAAAUUCUCGCUCAAGCAAAAGAAGAAGAUAA